AAUUUUGGUCAGAAACGCUGUCAUCUUCCAUUGAAGUUUCCCAAGUCUCUCAACAAGAAAGACCCUCCGUAGGUUUUAGUAUUCUGUGGUGGCAUCUUAACUUCAAAAAUGCCUAAGGUUAGAAGAGCUAGUUCCUUGUCUCUUGAUCGAUCUAGGGCUUCUCCUUAUCCUUGCACCUCUGAUGAUUCUGAGCCAUACAACCUGAAAAAUCCCUUGGAAAGCAAGGAGAAUGUAAAAGAGUGGGAAGAAGCUAGGUGCCCCAUCUGCAUUGAACACCCACACAAUGCUGUUCUUUUAAAGUGUUCCUCUCAUGAGAAGGGCUGCAGGCCUUUCAUGUGCAAUACAAGCUACCGGCACUCAAAUUGCCUUGACCAGUUUUGUAAGUCAUCUCUGCCUUGCUGCUCUACCCCAAUGUUGCAAGAACUUCCUCUCACAAUCACAACCUCUCACAGUGCUAACGAGGAACAGUCGUUGCUUGGGCAAACCAGCCCUUGUGGGAGUCAAUUGGAACCAAAGCCAGUUUGCCCUCUUUGUCGUGGAGAAAUCUAUGGAUAUGUUGUUGUUGAGGCUGCUCGUCACUACAUGAAUUGUAAAGUGAGGAAUUGCUCUUCUGAGACAUGCGACUUUAACGGCACUUAUUCAGAACUGAGGAAGCAUGCCAGGUCUCAACACCCUUCUGUCCGGCCAUCAGAGGUGGAUCCAAAUCGACAUAGCGAUUGGGUAAGGUUGGAGCGUGAAAGGGACUUGGAAGAUGUCCUUAGCUUGGUCCAACAAGGACCUGCAGAAGAUAUUGUUGAUGAGGAAUCCGGAGAGUUCAGUUCCUGGAUGACUAACCUUUUCUCUGCUAUGUUUCGUUCUCUUGAGGUCAUGCUGGUUACUCGUUUGAUGGAUUCUUCUAGUGGCUCUUCAAGUGGCAGAGAGCAGACACAUAACCGCAGAUCAGGAAGGAUGCCCAGGGCUCAUUAUGACAAUGAUUCAAUUUCUGUGACAAGACGGAGCAACAUUUUAUCAGAUAGUACAUCUCGUCCCAGAGGUCUGCGUUGGCGAGCACCCAAUAAUGAUGUGGAGAUUAGUCGUGCUCCUAGAUGGAGCCAAAAUUCCUUGUCAGGUGAGAGUGGUCAUGCUUCUAGAUGGAGCAAUAAUUUCAUAUCAGAGCCUAAUAGCCGUGCUCCUAGAUGGAGCAACAACUCUUUAUCAGACGAGACUAACCGGGCCCGUAGAUGGGGCAACAGCUCCUUAUCAGAGGAGACCAGCCGUGCCCCUGGUUGGGGCAACAACUCCUUACCAGAGGAGGCCAGCCGUGCCCCCCCUAGAUGGAGCAAUACUUCUGUACCUGAAAAUGCACCCCGUCCCAGGGGGCUGCGAUGGCGAAAUCAAAGAUGGCCAACUUACAACAACAGGCGGUGACUGCAGCCCAUUGUUGCUGAGAGUAGCUCACACAAAAGACUAUUGUCAAGAUUUUCUAGUACGUCUCUGAUCAGGUUGCGAGCCAUGACCAAGUGGAAGUAUUGAAUGACAAAAGCUUCAAGCUUCAUUUUGUUGAAAAAGUAUUGUAAGGAAGCAUGAAGUUUUAUUUUGUCCGGACAAUGGACGGCUGCAGGAACUUUAUUGUUUUUCUGAGCUUUCUUUUUUUGAUUCAUUGUUAGCUUAUGUUAAGCAUAGUUGAGUACUUUAUAGAUAAUCGUUUUGGUUUAUGAGGAUGACUCUAUUUCCUUUUGUACAAACCUUGUGGUUUUUACUGUACAUUAAAUUUAGAUAAUUCAGAUAAACAUGUGCAGGUUUUUAUC